UCUGGUACCCCUGGGAAUUAGAUGUAUAAUGUCUUCCAUUCUCCUUACCCUACCAAAAGAGUCUGCCAUGAAAGUAAAAAAUAGCCCAUCUAGGUUCUAUUUGUUAAGAAAAUUGAUUUUUUUUUCCAGCCCAGCUUUUAAAUCUGAAUACAGUGCCUGCGAUUUUUCAGGCUCAGAGCAAUGGGCAUCCUCAGAUCGUCUUGAGAAGGGACCAAGGAUGACAACGAUGGAUCACCGGUUCCCUUCUAGGAUCUUUGUCAACGAGAGGACACCCAUAACCAGAGAACAACUCAAUUCUUUACUGGAGACUUAUAAUGUUUUCUAUGAAAACCAGAAAAAUCUGCAUAUAUUGUAUGGACAGACCGAAGACGGACAGCUGAUUGUUGAAGGGAUGCUGGACAUUUUCUGGGGAGUCAAACGACCCAUACAGCUGAAAAUACAAGAUGAGAAGCAAAUCUCUUCCUUUGAUCUGUUGAAGUCACCGGAAACCUUUUCCAGCAAAGGGAGGAUGACUCGUUGGGGAGAAUUCGAUGACCUUUAUCGUAUUAGUGAGAUGGACAAGACCCAAGCUCUAGCCCCUGAAGCCAGACAUACCCUGGAAGACUAUUUAUCUUGCCACAGCGUCCUGAAGCCAUGUGCAGACGAAGAGCCCGAGUCGCCAUCGCUCUACAGGACCAUGAGUGAAGCAGCUUUGGUGAGGAAAAGGAUGAGGGCCCCAGAGAUGUUCAGAAAAGAUAGAAUGGGGACACUAGCGAAGCACAGAGCCUCUAUCAAUGGACACGUCUAUGACCAUGAGACGUCCAUCUUCACCCCGACCUUCGGAUCAGAGACUAAGGUCAGAGCCAAUAGUAUCAUGAAAACCGAAGAAGUGAUAAAGCAGCUUCUCCAAAAAUUUAAGAUCGAGAAUAGCCCUCGGGAUUUCGCUCUUUACAUUAUUUUUGGGACAGGAGAGAAGAGAAAGCUAAAGAAGACCGAUGUCCCACUGCUGCAGAGGCUAAUACAAGGGCCAUCCAAAAGCAACGCUCGGAUCUUCCUCAUGGAUAAAGACGCAGAAGAAAUUAGCAGUGAUGUGGCUCCGUACAUUAAUUUUCACUUUUCUUUCUUGGAAUCCAUCCUUCAAAGACUAGAUGAAGAAGAGAAAAUGGAGAUUGAGAGAAUUAUGGCAAAGUUCAAUACGGAAAGAGCCUUUAUACUGAAGUGUCUUCGGAGUAAACGGGCAGCAAAAACGGAGACCACAGUCUAGAAGCCGCAGCUCCUGCUUGUAAACCCUCAACUGAGUCAGAGGGGGCGCUGCGGAACCGGUGUUCGGUCUGCUCUGCGUCCUAUAUGCAGGACCUUGACGCUUUGGGAUGCUGAAGGCCAGGCAGCCUGCUUCCUCUUUGAAAUGCUGAGGCGGGCUGUGGUUCAGAGUUGGACUAAAGCAAGAUGGGACUUCAUCUGGGGAACUGCAGGAAGCCUGCACGCUGCCGCUUUCCAAAUAUCAUCCAUAGCGAAUUCUUGAGUGAGCUCGGACUGAAGUGGCCUCGGUCUUGUCACAUGGUUUAAAUCUGUUUUAUCUUGCACUCUUAAAAGAGCGUAGAGCCUCGAUGGCUCAUAGACGAUGGGAAGCAAACAUCUCCAGUUCUCGUUGUAAACCAUGUUCUGAAACCAUCAGGGAUCUGAACUGACCGUGUUUCGCAGCUGUGGAAAUGUUCGAACAUUUUCAUACAAUUUAGAAAUAGAUGCGCGAGGGCUGAUGGUUGUUAACUCUGUAGUAUCAGAGUUACCUGAACUUUUAGAAUACAAUGGUUUUGGACUUUGUAAAGAAACCUAGACUGUAGGCUGGAGAGAUGACUAAGUGGUUCAAAGCAUUGACUAUAUGAACCUAUAUGACAUAUAGGUUCAGUUCCCAGCACCUAUAGGGCAUCUCACAACCGUCUGUAGCUCCCUUCCUGGAGGAUCUGAUACUCACCUAUGUGGGCAUUGCAAGCACAUGGUGCACAGACACAGGCAGGCAAAACACCUAUAUAUGUAAAAAUUAAACAAAUAUUUUUAAAAGAGAAAACC